GUGGCGCCAUACUUUCAGUAUGUGACUAAUAUGUGCGAUGACCAGGAAGACCGGAAAAAUGUUUGAUAUCUUUCCUUGUCAACUAGAAGUAAACAAACAUCCACGAGUGACAUUGAAAUAUUUUAAUAUCGUUAAAGCUGAGCCCACUGGUUUCCGACGAGCACAAGGUGGUAAUUCAGACUUGCAAGGCCAGCUCAACAGGAAGUAAAGGAUGGCUUCUCCAUGUAGGCGACUGUGCUCUCCACAUGUGACCUCUGGCCUCCAAGGGUGUGCUUAUGCGACACUCAGCAAAGCGUCCAAUCCCCAGGAGAAGGGCAGCAACAGUCCAGUUUUUCAGUAUGUUGGAAAGCACAAAAAGCCCAACCACAAAGUAUUUGUUUGGGGGUUCAGCUUCACCGGGGCACUCGGGAUCCCCAGCUUUGUGGUACCAGACAGCGGCAGGAAAAAGCCCCGCAAGUAUCAGUAUACUCCUUACCGCCUGGAGACCGCAGAGCAGAUCUCAUCUGCUGCUUGUGGUUACGGCUUCACCCUCAUCGCGUCCCCCACUAAAGAUGUGACCAAAGUUUGGGGCAUGGGUCUGAACAAGGACUCUCAGCUGGGCUUCCAGCGCACACAGCACAGCCGCCAUCAGAGCUACGACUACGUUUUGGAGCCGUCCCCGGUGGCGCUGCCUCUCACUGAACCUCUGCAGACCAAGGUGCUUCAGGUGGCGUGUGGCCGGGCUCACUCCCUGGUCCUCACUGACCAAGAGGGAGUUUUCAGUUUGGGAAACAACUCGUACGGCCAGUGUGGACGGCGGAUAGUUGAAGAUGAGGUCUACAGUGGCAGUCACAUCAUUCACAAGAUAGAAGGCUUCAGCAGCAGGGUCAUCCAGGUGGCGUGUGGGCAGGACCAUAGCUUGUUCCUCACUAAGACGGGCAAAGUGUUUGCCUGUGGAUGGGGAGCGGAUGGACAGACGGGUUUGGGGCACCACAACAUCAGCUCCAGCCCAGUGGAAGUGGGAGGUGAUCUGGCCGGGGUGGAGGUGCAGCAGAUCAGCACGUAUGGAGACUGCAGCCUGGCCGUUUCCAAAGACGGACAGCUGUACGGCUGGGGCAACUCUGAGUACAGGCAGCUGGCCUCGGUCACCGAAUCCACACAGAUCAACUCUCCUCGUCACCUUCCCCUGAGAGGCUGCGGGAAGGUGGUUCAGGCAGCGUGUGGAGGAACACAGGUGGCCAUCCUCAACGAUAAAGGGGAGGUGUAUGUUUGGGGCUAUGGAAUUCUGGGAAAAGGCCCGAAUCUCUCAGAAUCUUCAACCCCAGAGAAGAUCCCCUCCACACUGUUUGGACGCUCCGAGUUUAACCCCUCAGCGGUCAUCUCCAGGAUCCGGUGUGGCCUCAGCCACUUUGCUGCAGUGACGGAUCGAGGCGAGCUCUUCGUUUGGGGGAAGAAUGUCAGAGGUUGUUUGGGCAUCGGGAAGAAGGAAGACCAGUACUUCCCAUGGCGAGUCACCGUGCCGGGGGAAGUGGUGGAUGUAGCGUGUGGUGUCGACCACAUGGUGGCGCUGGUGAGGUCCUUGCUGUGAGCUCCAGAAGGAAAGGCUGAAUGUUUGGCUGAGCCCUCCUGCUGACCCCCAUCAGGGUGGAGGGGGGCGAGUGGAGCUGGUCUGGAGGCUCGAAGCCAGCUGCUCUCCACAGGCGAGAGACCUCGGUGUCCCUCGGUCACGUGGUGACGUCAAGCAGAGCUUAGGGCCAGCUCAUUCUGACACCGCUCACUUUCUCCUGCACGGAUUCAACCAGAGACACAUCUCAGGCUCUGUUUAUUCACAGGAGCUGGCAGCUAAUCGGAUUAAUAAAUAUUCUACAAAUCAAUUCGUCACUUCUCCAACCAAACGGUGAAGAUCCGUGACUUCUUCUCUGUGCAGAUUUGUUGUAUUUUGGACAAAACAAGACCUUUGACUGCAAAUUUGCAUCUUAGUUUUCUCAAACACAUAGAAGAAUGAUGCAAAGUAGGUGGGGGGCAGCUUGCAGAGGGUUAAAAAAAAUCCCCGCAGGCCUAUAAAACAAUUUUAAAACACUAUAAUUUGAAAAUGAGGCAACCUGAUCUCCUGCCCACUGCAGAUAGAGGUGAGAAAACAGAUUUCAGGAAUCAAUUUAACACCACAAACCUGUGUGUCAUCAGUGUGUUUGCAUAAAGUCAGCAGAAGCUUGGAGAAGGGAUGAUGAUGAGAUGAUGUUGGUUGUCGCCCUGGUCGAGCAAAGAAGCAGCCGUCAGAUGGAAAACGAGGAUUUCAUUUUCACUUUUUACUCACACUGGUGUGAUGUAUCUACAUUAUAAUAAAUACUUUUUAUUUUUCA